AUGGGGUGCUUGAAGAUGUUUGUCAUAGUUGUAUUUGUGUGGGCUUUAUUGAUUCCAAAUACUCAUCAGUUAGGUUCCUAUGAAACUCAAAUUCUCCUUCAGUUGAGAAAACACUUGGAAUAUCCAGUACAGCUAGAUAUUUUGGAGAAUAACAAUGGAGACUUUUGUAAUUUGGGUUCAACACUGAAUAUGACCAUUAUUUGCAAGGAUAACUCUGUUACUGAGCUCAAAAUCAAGGGUGAUAAGUUAGUCAAAGUCCAUGAAUUCCAUGGAGUUGCAGUUCCAAACAAUACCUUAUCUGAGCAUUUCUCCAUUGAUUCUUUUGUUACAACUUUGACUAGGUUAAGUAGUUUAAAGGUUCUAACUUUGGUUUCUUUGGGAAUUUGGGGACCCCUCCCUGUUAAAAUUCAUAGGUUGUCUAAUCUUGAAGUUUUGGAUAUGAGCUCGAAUUUUCUAUUUGGUUCGAUACCGUAUGAGAUGUCUACAAUGGUAAAGCUUCAUACUUUGACAUUUGAUGGGAACUUUUUCAAUGAUACUCUACCUGAUUGGUUGGACUUGUUACCAAAUAUCACUAUUUUAAGCAUGAAGAAUAAUAGGUUGAAGGGUAAAUUUCCUCCUUCAAUUUCUAAAAUCACAGGCUUAACUGAUAUUGUUCUGUCACACAAUGCAAUUUCUGGUGAAUUGCCCGAUUUAAGUGCUUUGUCUAAUUUGCAUUUGUUGGAUUUAAGAGAAAAUCAUUUGGAUUCUCAACUGCCACUGUUGCCACAUGGAUUGACAACUAUUCUUCUUAGCAAUAAUGCUUUCUUUGGUGAGAUACCAGAAGAAUUUGGCAAACUAAAUAAGCUUCAACACCUUGAUCUGUCGAAUAAUGCUCUUACUGGAACACCUCCUGUGGAUUUGUUCUCUUUGCCAAGUAUUAGUUACUUGAAUUUAGCGUUUAACUUUCUGAGUGGUUCACUUCCUGAACAUCUCAAUUGUGGAGGUGAACUUGGUUUUGUUGAUAUUUCUGAUAAUAGACUGCUUGGUAUACUUCCUUCUUGCUUGAACGCCAGUUCAGAUAAGCGAAUUGUUAAGGUCAGAGGAAACUGCUUGUCUGUGGAUACCGAAUAUCAGCACUCGGAUUCCUAUUGCAAACAAGCAAGUUUGGUGAAGAAACAAAUUAAUGGAAAAGAGAUAGCAAUAUUGGUAGGUGUUGUUGGGGGAACCGUAAUAUUUGUGGUGUUUUUGGCAGUUGUACUUCUCAUCUUUUGUAGAAGACAUCAUGCACGACACGAUGUGGAUCAUCACAUGUUUCCCAAAGUUGUGCACGAUAAUGCGCAGCCCAAUAUUUCCGCUGAGCUCCUGGCAAAUGCUAGGAUCAUUUCUCAAGCAGCAGCACUAGGAUCACAAGGUGCCCCAUCAUAUCGGGUGUUCUCCAUGGAAGAGUUGGAAGAAGCGACAGAAAAGUUUGAUAAGUCAGCAUUACUCGGUGAAGGCUCCAUUGGAAAAAUUUACAAGGGAAAAUUACAGAAUGGAACCUAUGUUGCUGUAAGGGAAUUGACUGUUUAUAGACGAUGCACUAGUUGGAACUUCAAACUUCGAAUGGAUUUGCUGUCAAAGUUUCGCCACCCACAUUUAGUUAGCCUUCUGGGUCACUGCAUCGAUGGUGGAGUGCAAGAUGACUCAACUGUCCACAGACUUUUUCUGGUUUAUGAAUUUAUUCCUUGUGGAAACUUCCAUACUCGUCUUUCAGAAACGACUCCAGGAAAGGUCCUCAACUGGUCAGACAGGUUGGCGAUUCUGAUUGGUGUUGCCAAGGCUGUGCACUUUCUCCACACGGGCGUAAUUCCUCCUUCAUUUGGGAACAGCUUGAAGACAGAUAGUAUAUUACUUGAUGAGCAUCAGAUUGGAAAACUUAGUGAUUAUGGAAUGUCAAUCCUUAUGGAAGAAAGUGAAAAAGUUGAGGCAAAAGGAGAUGGCUACAACACCUGGCACAUGAGAAAGAAAGAGGAGGAUGUGUAUGACUUCGGUUUCAUAUUACUGGAGUCGCUGAUGGGUCCUUUUUGUAGUGGAAAAGGAGAAAUAUUUUUGCUCAAUGAAAUGGCAUCCUUUGGUAGCCAAGAUGGUCGGCGCAAAAUUGUGGAUCCAGCUGUGCUAACCACCAGCUCCCAAGAGUCUUUGUCAAUUGUAAUAUCAAUCACCAACAAAUGCAUAUCUCUUGAGUCACAGAGUCGCCCCUCGUUUGAGGAUGUCCUCUGGAACCUACAAUAUGCAGCUCAAGUCCAGGCUACAGCCGAUGCAGAUCAAAGAUCUGAUGUAACUUCAUAGUCAAUGAGGUAUUCAAGAAAAGCAACUGGAUCUCAUCAGCAAUACUUGUUCAUGCUGCUGUCAAUUGGGAGGCAAGUCAGCUGACUGCAUGUUUCUUGUGGAGCACAAAAUGGUUGCAAAACUCAGCCUCGUAUUGUUCAAGCUUCUUGUCCUCGUUAUCUUUCCUUUGUAUAAAAGUGUAAAUUCGUCGAUUCUUUGAAUAUUAGAAUUUAGAAGUAGGUGAUGUUGCAAAGAGAGGCCUAGCCUUCGCAUUAAUUUGUACUACCCUCCUUCAGAAUGGAUAGAAAGGAAAGAGAUAGAAGGCUUAAUGGCUGUCCAACCUCAAAUGACAACAAGAAGAAACAUUAGGAAGCAAGAUAUUGUGACUGUAUUGUAUGAAUUCUGUUUUCUCUUAGUAUGUUAUUUCAUGUUU